AUGCCAAAGGGAAAAAGUGAAGCAACAGAUUCGAAUGCUGCUGAAGUGGGCGACGAACAUGAUGAGAUAACUACGGAUUCUAGAAAGAUCUUGCCGGCGCAUUAUGUGUUCAAGAUCGAGUCUUUCUCUCUAUUAUCAAAGAACGACAUCACCACGUAUGAGACAAACGAGUUCGAAGUUGGUGACCAGAAGUGUGAAGAUUAUGGAGGCUCAGAUGAGUGUAGUGUAUGUGGGUAUCCAAGUAAAGAUGUGGUUAAGCUAACAACGGAAACCCUUCAUGGGUAUAUGUCUCUUGAAUCUGAUGCUCUGUCAUUGUGUAAGAGAUUGGUUCUCUAUCCUAAUGGAGACAAGAGCAAGAAGGGAGAAGAUCACCUGUCCCUAUAUCUGGCUGUUUCUGAGGCCAAUCCUCUGAAAGUUGACUGGGAGAUAAAUGCAACUGUUAGGUUCUUUGUGUUCGAUCAAAUUCGUGAUGAAUACUUGGUAAAAGAAGGGAAAAAGAGCAGGUUUCAUGCAAUGAAGUCCAAAUGGGGUAUUCCUAGAUUUAUGCUGCUAAAAACUUUCAUCAAUCCAUCGAACGGCUGCCUUGUCGAUGACACUUGUGUGUUCGGAGUGGAGGUUCUUGUUGUCAAAAGCUUAGGUCUGAGUGAAUGCUUGACACUAACAGCGAGUCCGAUGUCUGUUAGUCACGAAUGGAAGAUAUCAAACUUCUCUACUUUGGUGAAUGAUUGCUACUCUGAAGUAUUCACGGCGGGGAAUCACAACUGGUUCGCACUGGUUCAGUCGUCCGACCACUUCGUGGGGUUGGCCUUGUUAUGCGUCCCUGAAAAAGAUUCAAGAUUCCCUUGUGGACGAUCUUUGUAUCAUUGA